CUUCUUUAUGCCCUCGGGACUAUAAGGAGCUCUGCAUAUUUGGCCUGCUUCUGCCACAAUUGGAGGAAAAUUAUUGAGCCUAGAUUAUUUUGUCCUGUUCAUUUUGAAGAUCUGCUCAGUUGCUGGCAAACAUGGAAGAGCUGAAUGACGUUCAUGAUGACGGAUCCUUCAUGUUCACCUCAGAGUCUGUGGGAGAAGGGCAUCCAGAUAAAAUCUGUGACCAAAUCAGUGACGCAGUUCUUGACGCACACUUGAAGCAGGACCCAGAUGCUAAAGUUGCCUGUGAGACUGUUUGUAAGACUGGUAUGGUACUUCUCUGCGGAGAGAUCACAUCUCGUGCCAACGUGGACUACCAGAAAAUUGUGCGUGACACCAUUAAACACAUUGGUUACGACAACUCCGAAAAAGGUUUUGACUAUAAAACCUGCAAUGUUCUGGUGGCUCUCGAGCAGCAGUCUCCGGAUAUAGCGCAGGGCGUCCAUGUUGACAGACAUGAGGAAGAUAUUGGGGCUGGAGACCAGGGGCUCAUGUUUGGCUAUGCCACUGAUGAGACGGAGGAGUGCAUGCCGCUUACCAUUGUCCUCGCUCACAAACUCAACGCCAAAAUGGCCGAGCUGCGGCGGGACGGCACCAUCCCAUGGCUUCGCCCAGACUCAAAAACUCAGGUCACAGUGCAUUACAAGCAGGAGAAUGGCGCUGUGAUUCCUUUGCGUGUCCACACAGUGGUCAUCUCCGUCCAACAUGACGACUACAUUUCACUGGAGGAGCAGAAGCGUAUUCUGAAGGAGAAGGUCAUCAAAGCUGUGGUUCCAGCAAAAUAUCUGGACGACCAGACCGUUUACCAUAUUCAGCCGAGUGGGCGCUUUGUCAUCGGAGGGCCUCAGGGAGAUGCUGGUGUUACAGGUAGGAAGAUCAUUGUGGACACAUAUGGUGGAUGGGGGGCUCAUGGUGGUGGGGCCUUCUCUGGAAAGGACUACACCAAGGUGGACCGCUCUGCUGCCUAUGCUGCACGCUGGGUGGCUAAAUCUCUGGUGAAGGCCAAAUUGUGCAGUAGAGUGUUGGUUCAGGUGUCUUAUGCCAUUGGAGUCGCCCACCCUCUUUCAAUCUCCCUCUUCACCUACGGCUCAUCGGUAAAACCAGAGAAGGAGUUGCUACGCAUUGUCAACAAGAACUUUGACCUCCGACCAGGUGUCAUUGUUAGGGACCUGAACCUGAAGAGGCCGAUCUACCAGAGCACCGCCUGCUAUGGUCACUUUGGCCGAUCAGAUUUUCCCUGGGAGAUGGCCAAGACUCUCAAGGUUUAAUGAGAGAGGCAUGCAAGCCUAUACCUUCAGUCAUUCAGUCGCUUUUUCCUUCUGUUCUCCUCUCCCUUCUGAUUUUGGUUCUCCUCUGGCAUACGCUAUAUAUUUUAGAUUAGACAAAUAUACUGUAAACGUCAUGAAAAUCCAGUCUUUUAUUUAGAAGUCUUUUGAGAAAGGAUCCCUCACAACAUCAACACCCAUGACAAUCAAUCAUUCCUUAAAGCUGAAUUGUGUCUUUUAGUGUGUGUGU